AUGGCUAUUUUGGACGCUUUGAGAUGAGGUGUCGGUUCAGCUCUGAGGAUCCCCGUGAUAUUGAGUUUCUGCUGCAGGUCUACGGCAACAAGAAGUUACUGGGACAAUACAACAGCACAACAGAGAAAUGUACAGUCUACACACAAUGGAUGAAGAACUUCACUGAAACGGCCUGCAAAGGCCCUGCUUUUCUGGCCGCGAGGAGAGAAGAAAUGAAGAAAUACUGCAGCAGCAACGUUCCUGUGGUGUAUGGGUACUUACUAGAUAAGGCAGUUGAGCCCUACAUCAGGCUGAGGUCAGUAGAGCCGUUCAGUACCAGACACCUGGCCAUGCUCGUGUGCAGCGCCUACGACUUCUACCCCAAACCCAUCAGAGUGACGUGGCUGAGGGACGGACAGGAAGUGACCUCAAAUGUGACUUCCACAGAGGAGCUGGUCAAUGGGGAUUGGACCUACCAGAUCCACUCGCACCUGGAGUACACACCCACACCUGGAGAGAGAAUCACCUGUAUGGUGGAGCACUUCAGCCUCACUGAGCCCAAACUGUAUGACUGGGACCCCUCCAUGCCUGGUCCUGAGAGGAAUAAGAUGGUGAUCGGGGCCUGUGGGCUGCUGCUGGGGGUGGUCUUUAUAGCAGCUGGACUGAUCUACUACAGGAAGAAAUCUACUGAAGGACGAGUGUUGGUGCCGACCAUGGCGCUGCUAGAAAGUUAUGGCACCAUCUAGUGGUUCACACCAGUCUGCCUUCUGAAGGUUGUGAUUGGUACCCAGACUAAUUAAGUGGGUUCAGGUCUUUUUAGCUAACAUUCCACUCCCUGUUGCCUUUUCCGUGACAUAUGUCAAGGAGGUCAAGUAGUGGAAUGUCAGCUAAAAAGACUGGUACCCAGACUACCACUUAAUCAUUCCAAGCAUAAUGUCUUCUCUGUCUCCCAGGCCUUUUGCAUUGGAGGAGAGGAGAGGUUGCAGCCAGAAACUCCCAAGACCCUUCUAUGGGGAUCAGAAUCACGGCAUUCAGAUCAACAGUUUACCACCGAGUGGCCAACUUGAUCAAAUCUAUGUCCACAUCCUGUGCGUCUGAGACGUUAGAUCUAUGAUAUGAUUUUGUAAGGUAUUUUCAGAUGUGACAAACAAGAUUGGUUUAUGGAAUUGUUCUUUCUUAGGUUUUGAUUCUAAUUCUUGUUUCUAUUGGCAACUGAUGUUAUUGAUAACUUGGCUUUGUCUUUUAUUAAAAUAGUUUUAUUUAGCAGUUUUCAUUUGUUUGGGUAUUUGUUGAUAGAUUCGCAAGGGGUAGGCUAUAUUUAACCAAUAAGGUCCAAGGAGGUGUGGUAUACGGCCAAUAUACCAUGCCAACGGGCUGUUCUUUUGUACGACACAACGCUGAGUGC